AUGGAGUGGAUAUUGUAUUUAUUAUUACCUAAUAUUGCAAAUGCCUUGUUUCCACUAUCCCGUGUUCAAAGCGUCGCAGUGCAGGGAAUACUUCUGUGCGAAGGCAGACCGCUACCGGAUCAUCAGAUAAUUCUUAUUGAUCACGAUAAAUUUGAUCCAGAUGAUAUAAUGGCGACGAAUGUGACAGACCAAAGGGGACACUUUUUUGUGCGUGGCAAUGAAAGUGAAUGGAGUACAAUCGAUCCUGUACUUAUCGUUCGUCAUAAAUGCAACGAUGGUGGAAUCCCAUGCGACCGCGAAUGGAGACUGGGAAUUCCGGUGAAAUAUAUAAGUAAUGAGGGAGAUAUACAGAAUAUCAUGGAUAUGGGUAUCUUGAAUGCUGAAGUGGUCUUUUAUGGCGAGAAGCGGGAUUGCUUAUUGUAA